AUGGCGGAACCAGCGAAGCCCGAGGUGACGGAGGAAGCUAAGAUGGACCUGCUCGAGGACGACGACGAGUUCGAGGAGUUUGAGAUCGAUCAAGAAUGGGAUGACAAGGAAGAAGGCAAUGAAGCACUUCAGCAAUGGGAGGAUGACUGGGAUGAUGACGAUGUCAAUGAUGACUUCUCGCUGCAGCUGAGGAAAGAGCUGGAGAGCAAUGCGUCCAAGAACUAG